CGGUGCUCGCUUGAUGAUUCUUCAGAGAUGCGGAGAGGAUUACAGACAUCUGUCAGCCUACACAAUUAUAGACACCAUAUAAUUCGUCACCCACCCUAGACUACGUACUGUAUUCAGGAGAAGGAAGAAGAGUAGACUAGGGACUCUACUUCAUACUCAUAUCAGAGGGAGAAAAGAGCACCACCAUGUCAUCUUCAUUCUCAGACACACUCCAGUUUCGUUUCUCCAGCCCCGUCCACGAUGACUCCAUCCUGCAAAAGAUGAGCCUGCUGAGAGAGGACCGACGCUUCUGUGACGUCACCCUCGUCCUCGGAUCAGGGUCGUUCCGCUUCCCGGGUCACCGGGUGGUCCUGGCGGCCUCCUCUGCCUUCCUCCGGGACCAGUUCCUGCUGCACGAGGGGAGCCGGGAGCUGCUUGUGACUGUGGUGCCCAGUGCGGAGGUGGGCCAUCGGCUGCUCCUGUCCUGUUACACAGGCCACCUGGAGGUCCCUCUGAGGGAGCUGGUCAGCUAUCUGACAGCAGCGAGCGCACUGCAGAUGAGCCACGUGGUGGAGAGGUGUGCCCAGGCCGUCUCUCAGUACCUGGACCCCACCCUUGCCCACCUGAAGCUGGAGAGGAGCCCAGAGACCGAGGGAACCCCUCUACCACCACCAGACAGCGUUAAACCCCAACCCAGCUCAGCAAGUCUGGACGAGGGGGAGAUGGAGGGGGAGACCCCGGAUGACCCAGAGGACAGGGACCACAGCCUGACCUCAGAAGACACUCUGGACAGUGUCCACAUGGUAAACACUAAAGGCACGUACCCUUACAGCCCGUACCCUUACCCGACGGGCGCCCACAGACGCAAGCAGCGCCCGCCCACGCCAUGCAGAGAGUUUAGGAAGAGGACCUUCCCCCCAGCAGGAAGUCCUGCCCACAGCAGUUCAGGAUUGGCUGACAGCUCCCAGGACCAGGAAGUGGAUGGGGACUCUGGAGAGGACAUAUACAUGCUUGCUGCUCGUCAUAUGCAGGGAGUUGGGGGCGGGUCUCCCGAGUCCUCCUUUAGAGUUCUGACGGGGGCAGAGUUUUCAGGACGGGGACAGGAGAUGCUCCUCCAGAGACCCUACCUGUGCAGGAAGUGUGACCGAGGGUUCCACCACCUGGACAGCUAUGUGGGACACCUAAAGGAGCACAGGCUCUACCCGUGUCUUCUCUGUGGGAAGAGCUUCAGCCAGAAAAGCAACCUGACCCGACACAUCAGGGUUCACACAGGGGUCAAGCCUUUCCAGUGCCCACUUUGCCACAAGACCUUUUCCCAGAAGGCCACGCUGCAAGACCACCUUAAUCUCCACACAGGGGACAAGCCACACAAGUGCAACUACUGCGCCAUCCACUUCGCACACAAACCAGGCCUCCGGCGCCACCUCAAGGACAUCCAUGGCAAGAGCAGCCUUCAGAACAUGUUUGAGGAGGUGGUGUGAGCCUGGGAGCUGCUGGACUUCUGCAGCAAGAGACUUCUGAGUUAAGCAUACCAGUGCCUAAAUGAAAAUUACAAAGAAUUUGAACAGCAAAAAAUGUAAACUACAGAGAAUUAGAACUACAAAGAAUUAAAACUACAGAGAAUUAGAACUACAAAGAAUUAAAACUACAGAGAAUUAGAACUACAAAGAAUUAGAACUGCAAAUAAUUAGAACUACAAAGAAUUAGAACUACAAAGAAUUAAAACUACAGAGCAUUAGAACUACAAAUAAUUCAAACUACAUAUAAUUAGAACUACAAAGAAUUAGAACUACAAAGAAUUAAAACUACAGAGCAUUAGAACUACAAAUAAUUAAAACGACAUAUAAUUAGAACUACAAAUAAUUAAAACUACAAAGAAUUAGAACUACAAACAAUUUAAACUAAAAAUAAUUAGGACUACAAAGACAAGGAGGAAACUAGUGUAAAUGUAUGGCACUCAAUGUGUAUAUAUGCCAGUAUAUAUUCAACUUGUCUGCCUCUUUAAUGAUGUAGCUAGAGUUUUAGCACAGACCCAUGUCUAAAUGAAAACUAUGUAGAAGAACAGGCCAGGAGGGAGAAGUAGACUAAACUAGAGUGGAUUGAAAAGAUAUUGAAAUGACCAAUUGAAGAUGAUCUUCCACUAGUUUGUCUCUUUCCUGUUUUUGCACUUUAUUUUCUCCCCCCAUCCACAUACUCUAAUGAGUGUUUUGAUGGAUUAGCACAGGAACAUACAGAAUCAGUCAACAAACUGUAGCUACAUCACUGCUAUUUAUAUUUUUGUGCAUUAGAGUGUGUACCCACAAGUGUGUGUGUGUAUUGUGUGUGUGUGUGUAUUUGUGUGUGUGUGUGUGGGUAUUCGUGUGUGUGUAUUUGUGUGUGUGUAUUGUGUGUGUGUGUAUUUGUGUGUGUGUAUUUGUGUGUGUGUGUGUGUGUGUGUAUUUGCGUGUGUAUUUGUGUGUGUGUAUUUGUGUGUGUGUAUUUGUGUGUGUGUGUGUGUGUGUGUGUGUGUGUGUGUGUGUGU